CUCUCUAAUUCCUCUGCUGGUGUCCUCUCCGGUCCACCCUCGCGCUGCUUCAUUCGCGUCGACUGCCCAGAGUCCGCGAAUACAACCCUGCCACAGCCACACUCAGUCACUCACACACAGAGGUAACCUAAUACAGUGACAGCUCCAAAGAGUUCCAGAAACAAGAAGACAUUCCGAUCCCAGGCACAUCCCAGAAUCCUUUGUGAGCCUUGUUGAGACAUGUCUCUGUACAGCUUUGGGUUGGAGCCUCUCUCCUGCCACGCCUGGAAUAAGGACAGGACGCAGAUUGCUGUCAGCCCUAACGACAGUUUUGUGAUCAUCUAUGAGAAAAAGGGAAACGAGUGGGUCAAGAUCCACGAGCUGACUGAGCACAGUGGACGAAUCACAGGCAUAGACUGGGCCCCCGAGUCCAACCGCAUCGUGACGUGUGCGUCGGACCGUAAUGCCUACGUAUGGACCCUGAAGGACAAGGUGUGGAAGCCGACCCUGGUGCUCGUGAGGAUAAACCGGGCGGCCACCUGUGUCAAAUGGUCCCCCCUGGAGAACAAGUUUGCCCUGGGCAGUGGAGCUCGUCUCAUCUCUGUCUGCUACUUUGAGAAGGAGAACGACUGGUGGCUCAGUAAGCACAUCAAGAAGAACAUCCGUUCCACAGUGACCUGUCUGGACUGGCACCCCAACAACGUGCUGCUGGCCGCAGGCUCCUCUGACCUCCACUGCAGGAUCUUCUCAGGCUACAUCAAGGACAUCGAGGAUAAGCCAGGCCCGACGCCGUGGGGCGCUAAGAUGCCGUUUGGGGAGCUGCUCCUGGAGACCAAGGACUGUGGAGGCUGGGUGCACAGCGUCUCCUUCUCCCCCAGCGGCGAUCAGCUGGCCUGGGUCGCUCACAACAGCAGCGUCAGCGUGGUGGACGCCCCCCAGGGGAAAGAGGUGACCCAGCUGACGACGGACCGCCUCCCUCUGGUGAGCGUUCUCUACGUGAGCCCCACAGAGAUCGUUGCCGCAGGCCAUGACUGCUGUCCGUUCCAGUUCUCCUACAAGGGCCUGGGGAAGCUAGAGUUUGUCAAAAAGCUGGACGUGCCCAAGCAGACGUCUAAGGGCAGCAUGUCGGCCAUGCAACACUUCCGUAACCUGGACAAAAAAGCCACCGACGAUGAAAUCAACGAGCUAGGCUGCCUGCACCAGAACAGCAUCACUCAGCUGUGUGUUGUGGCUGGAGAUAAAGCCCGCGUGACCAAGUACAGCAGUGUUGGUCUGGAUGGAUCUAUGGUCCUUUGGGACUUCAAGCACUGAGUAAAUAGGCUGUUUUAGAGGAAGCUGUGUCUGGACACCUGCCUGGUCAACAUCAGUCCAGCUGACCGUGGGACUGACCACUAGCGGUUAAUGACCACACUAGUCGUUGUCAGUGAAUUCACCAACAUCAAACACCUAUUCAUGUUAAGUUACCUAUUCAUUUAAACGGCUGUAUUAUUGCUCUCAUUUUCAACUGGAACAGCUGGGUUUUGUGCAGCUUCCAGACAAUCUGAAGUAAACUGGGUUGCCUGGCUAUGGUUUUCAAGCGGUUUGAUCCAUGUUGAAAAAAUAAACAGACUUUCUACAGA